AUGACUAAGAAGCAGAUAGAGUCUAUGAUGGAGAAAAUGAGAGGUUUGAGUCUUCUAUCAUUUGGUGGUUGCUUUGAUAGCUGCUAUGAUCAGACUCAACAUGGAUUAGGGACAAGGAUUUGUAACCUCAGUGAUAGGCCAGUGGAGUUGCAGAUAAGGGUAGGAUCAAUACUGAAGAAGGUUCAUAUUUUGAAGCCAGGGUGUUCCAAGAGAGUGAAAAGUAAAGGCAUAUAUAAGGCUUAUAUGCCAGGGAGAAGUGGAAGCAAUGAUAUGGGAAUGAAGAGUUUGUUGUAUUACUAUGAUGAGACUUGUCAGCCUUAUAUAUGGAUUCAUGAUGUAGGGGGUGAUUCUUUGAGGAUGGUGAAGCAACAGUAUGUGAGUCUUGAGGAUUUGAGGGAGUGUUGUGAGAUUAGGAUCUUGAGGGAUCAACACAAAGGUUGCAUUUCGGUUUGUAAGAGAACUAGACCUGAUUUAUGCUGA